UUCCUGGCAGGACCAAACAUAUCCAGAGGGCACUCAGGCUACCUAUAAAUGCCGCCCUGGAUAUAGAACACUUGGAAUUAUUUUAAUGGUAUGCAGGAAUGGAGAAUGGGUGGCUCUUCAUCCAUCAAGGAUAUGUCAGAAAAAGCCCUGCGGACAUCCUGGAGAUACUCCCUUUGGAUCCUUUAAGCUCACAGAAGGAGAUAAGUUUGAAUAUGGUGCAAAGGUUGUUUAUACAUGUGAAGAAGGAUAUCAAAUGCUGGGUAGUAUCAAUUUCCGUGAAUGUGAACCAGACGGAUGGACCAAUGACAUUCCCAUAUGUGAAGUUGUUAAGUGUUUACCGGUGAAAGAACCAGAGAAUGGGAGAAUUGCCCUUGGCUCAUUGGAACCAGACAGGGAAUCUUUUUAUGCACAAGUGGUACAGUUUGAGUGUAAUCCAGGCUUCAAGCUUGAUGGCCAUAAAGAAAUACAUUGCUCAGAAAAUGGAAUGUGGAGUGAAGAAACACCAAAAUGUGUGGAAAUUUCUUGCAAGGUACCAGAAAUUAGAAAUGGAUACGCUCUAUCUCAGAAGGAAAUUUAUAAGGAGAAUGCACGAUUACAAUAUAAUUGUUACCAGGGUUUUGAAUACAGUGAAAGAGGAGAUGCUGUAUGUACUGAAUUUGGAUGGAGACCAGAUCCUUCAUGUGAAGAAAUAACAUGCAAUCCUCCUUAUAUUCCAAAUGGUUUUUACUCACCUGAAAAGAGUAAAUACAGAACUCAAGAUGAAAUCAGGUACCAGUGUAAAGGUGGUUUUUAUCCUUCAACCCAGGGAAAUACAGCAAAAUGCACAAAGGUUGGCUGGGUACCUGCUCCAAGAUGUAGCUUUAAACCUUGUGAUUUUCUGCAAAUAAAACACGGAAGCCUAUAUAAUGAAGAUAGAUAUAGACCAUACUUUCCAGUACCUGUAGGAAAGUCUUUUUAUUAUCACUGUGAUCAAAAUUUUGUGACAUCUUCAGGAAGCUACUGGGAUACUAUUUAUUGCACACAAGAAGGAUGGUCCCCAGCGGUACCAUGUCGCAGACAAUGUACUUUCAGUUAUGUGGAGAAUGGACAUAAACCAAGGUACGAAAAAAAAUAUUUACAAGGUCAAUCUGUGCAAGUCACCUGCUAUCGUGGCUACAGCCUUCCGGAGGAGCAGACCACAGUGACAUGUACCGAGAAUGACUGGUCCCCUCCUCCCAGAUGCAUUCGUGUCAAAACAUGUUCAACAUCAAAUAUAGAAAUAGAGAAUGGUUUUUUUUCUGAACCUGGUGUUGUAUAUGACAUAAAUAAACAAACACAAUAUACGUGUAAAUCAGGAUAUGUAACAACAGAUGGUGAAAUAUCAGGAUCAGUUACAUGUCUGCAAAGUGGGUGGUCAGCUCAACCGAAAUGUAUUAAAUCUUGUGAAACUCCACUAUUUAAGAAUGCCAGAACCAAAAGUAACAGCACAUGGUUUAAGGUCAAUGACACACUGGACUAUGAAUGCCAUGAUGGAUAUGAAAACAGACACAAUGAUAUCAAAGGUUCCAUAGUAUGUGGUUACAAUGGUUGGUCUGAUACACCCGCAUGUGAUGAAAGAAAAUGCGUUAUUCCUGAAAUAGAAAACAACUUACAUCCUAAUCCCAAGAGAGAGACAUAUAAAGUUGGGGAUGUGUUGAAAUUUUCCUGCAGUUGGAGACGUAAAAGAGUUGGACCAGAUUCAAUUCAGUGCUACCACUUUGGCUGGUCUCCUCAGCUCCCAACAUGUAAAGAUCAAGUACAGUCGUGUGGUCCACCUCCUCAACUCCCCAAUGGGAAAAUAAUGGAAGCAAAUAAAGAAGAGUAUCAGCAUAAUGAUGUGGUGGAAUAUGGCUGCAAUCCUAGAUCUCUGAUGAGGGGGCCCAAUAAAAUUCAAUGUGUUGAUGGAAAGUGGACAACGUUGCCGAUAUGCAUUGAAACAGAGAGACUUAAAAAGUGCAAAAUGGAGAAAUCAAGGUUUAUUUUAAUUGAGCCAAAACUCUCAGGUGAGAAUGAAUUUAAUCAAAGCUCCAAAAUAAGUUACAAAUGUAAUGGAAAAUCAGAAGAGAAACAAUCAACCUGCAUAAAUGGAAAAUGGAAUCCGGAACUGAACUGCAAACAAGUACAAAUGCAAUCCUGCCCACCUCCACCUCAGAUUCCCAAUGCUCAAGAUAUGACAACCACAGUGAAUUAUCAAAGUGGGGAAAAAGUAUCUGUUCUUUGCCAAGAAAAUUAUCUAAUUCAGGAAUCAGAAGAAAUGGUGUGCAGAAAUGGAAGCUGGCAGUCAAUACCACGUUGUGUUGGACUUCCUUGUGAAGAGCCACCUUCAAUUCUUUAUGGUGUUGUAUCUGACAAGAUGCACAAAUACCAAUAUGGAGCAGAAAUUACAUACAACUGUAUGGAAGGUUUUGGAAUUGAUGGACCUGCAUUUGUAAAAUGUGUAGGAGCAAAAUGGACUGACCCACCCAAAUGCAUAAAAACGGAUUGUUAUAAUUUGCCCAAAUUUGAUAACGCCAUACUCAUAGGUCAGGAGAAGACACAAUAUAGGUCAGGAGAACAAGUGACUUAUAAAUGCUCAACAUAUUAUCAAUUGGAUGGAUCGAAUAUUGUAACGUGUGUUAAUGGCAAAUGGAUAGGAAAACCAACAUGCAAAGAUGUUUCGUGUGAUGAUCCACCCAUAGUGGAAAAUGCUAAUAUAAUAUCUAGCCUGAUGACGAGGUAUCCAUCUGAAGAGAGAGUACGCUAUGUAUGUAAGAAACCUUUUGAUAUGUUUGGGGAACCGGAAAUCAGGUGUCUCCAUGGAAACUGGACGGAACCACCUAAAUGCAAAGAGUCCAAAGGAAAAUGUGGGGCCCCACCAGCUAUUGACAAUGGAGACAUCACUUCAUUCCCAUUAAUAGUAUAUGCUUCAGGAUCAUCAGUUCAGUAUCAAUGCCAGUCCUUGUACCAACUUGAGGGUAACAAGACAAUAACAUGUAGAAAUGGACAGUGGUCUGAACCACCAAUAUGCUUACAUGCAUGUGUAAUAUCAGAAGAAAUCAUGGAAAAAUACAACAUUACAUUAAGGUGGCUAUCUAAAAAAAAGCUUUAUUCCAAAACUGGGGAGUAUGUUGAAUUUACAUGUAAAAGUGGAUAUUAUAAAGUAUCAUCUCAUCCAUUUCGAACAAUGUGUCAAGAUGGGAAACUUGAAUAUCCUCGUUGUGAAAAAAGUAAGGGUUACUAUGGUUAAAAUGUGCAUCUCUAUUCAAAAUUUUUAUUAUUAAUUCAGUUGAGUUCUCAAUUUUAUUUUGCGAGUAUUGCUUAACUUUAUUCAUAAAUAAGAUUUUGUUUUGUCUCUGAGAUUCUUUGUUUCACAAUAAAUGAAAAUGAUGUUGUUGUCGUCCUUUUCAAUAUUACAUUAUUAACAAACAUAUAAAAGCCAAACUGUUAUAAUUUAUGUUAAUAGUAAGAUAUAUGUUACCACUACUUAUCAAUAAAUAAAUAUACCUAAAAAGAUGAAA